AUGAAUAGAACAGUGUCAGCUGAAGAAUCAACAAUAUCACAAGACAGUGAUUCGCCACCUAAGAAAAAAACUGGGGAAAUAAAGAAAGAAGCUUUGAGACCAGUCAAAAGUCUUGAACCAGUUGCACAAGAUAAUUACGAAUGCUCAAUAUGCUUAAGUUGGCUAAAGGAACCAGUCGUUACGAAAUGUGGUCACAGAUUUUGCAAAAUUUGUUUGGAAGAAUGGCGGACUAAAAAGAAUUCAAAAUGCCCUCUUGACGAUAUGAAUCUAUCAGUUGAUGACAUUUUUCCCGACAAUUAUACAAAACGUGAAAUUGAAAAUAUGAGAAGAAGUUUUCCAGAUCAAUUUGAACCGCCGAAUCAGAUAUUUGAAUGUCGCUUUUCAACAAUAUCAUGCGAUUUUAAGAGUAGUGAUCCACAAGAAGUCGAAAACCAUAUGAAAAAUGAAUACAAAGAACACAUUGACAUGCUUCUUAGUAGUCAUCUUAAAUCUCAAUAUCAUACUUGGGAACCAUCUGAAAAAUCUCCAACAGAAACUGCAAACAAAGUAACACUUUUUCAACAACAAACAACACGUGAGCUUAUCAAUGCAAUGUAUGAACGAAUUGUUGUGUUAGAACAACAAAAUCGUGAACAGGAAUUAAAAAUCGCGAAACUUGAGCAAUUAGAAACAAAACGAAAUGGAAUUUUGGUGUGGAAAUUUGAAGACUUCCGAAAAAAGUUUGAAACAAUGCAAUUGAAUCCCCAAACAAUGUAUUAUAGUUCGGAGUGCUACACAGAUCCAAACGGUUAUAAAUUUUGUGCCAGAAUCAAUUUGUCGCAGAAGGAAAAAGAUUGUUUAAGUUUUCACAUCCAUUUAAUGCGUUCAGACAAUGAUUAUCAUCUAUCAUGGCCAUUUAUCGGUAGAAUUAAAAUCACAAUGAUUAAUAAGGAUCCUACAUUUAAUCAAACAGACAUUUUAAUGAGUAAACCCGAAAUCAAAGCUUUCCAUCGACCACCAGAAGACAUUUCACCACGCGGUUUUGGAUUCACUGAGUAUGCAUUUAUAAAUGAAAUUAUAAAACGUGGUUUUAUUGAUAAUAACGAUUGCUUAACAAUCAAAAUUGAAAUGAAUAUUGUUUAA